AUGUUGUCUCGCGGUGUUGGGAAAUGCAAACGCUAUUACAUCAUUCUGCUGGUGUAUCAGAAACAGAGUGAAACUGACCAGGCUAAUUCAUUCAUUGCUCAGGCUGGCAGAAAUGCAAAAGUGACACAUUACAAACAAUAUCCACCCAAUACGAGCAAAGUUUACUCCUACUUUGAGUGUCGCGAAAAGAAGACGGAGAACUCCAAGUUAAGGAAAGUCAAAUAUGAGGAAACAGUUUUUUACGGGUUGCAGUACAUACUUAAUAAAUACUUACAAGGCAAAGUGGUAACCAAAGAGAAAAUACAGAUAGCCAAAGCAGUGUACAAGGAACAUUUUCAAGACGACGUCUUCAACGAAACAGGAUGGAACUAUAUUCUUGAGAAGUACGAUGGCCGUCUUCCUAUUGAAAUAAAAGCUGUUCCCGAGGGAUUCGUCAUUCCCAGAGGAAAUGUACUUUUCACAGUUGAAAACACGGAUCCAAACUGUUACUGGCUCACCAACUGGAUUGAGACAAUCCUUGUGCAGUCCUGGUAUCCCAUCACAGUAGCUACAAACUCCAGAGAGCAGAAGAAGAUCCUGGCGAAAUACUUGCUGGAGACCUCAGGCAGCUUAGAAGGGCUGGACUACAAACUCCACGACUUCGGUUACAGAGGGGUGUCUUCUCAAGAGACUGCAGGAAUCGGAGCUUCCGCACACUUGGUGAACUUCAAAGGCACGGAUACGGUAGCCGGAAUUGUUUUAAUUAAGAAAUAUUACGGCACAAAAGACCCGGUCCCAGGCUAUUCGGUUCCAGCUGCUGAACACAGUACUAUAACAGCUUGGGGAAAAGACCAUGAAAAAGAUGCUUUCAAACAUAUUGUGACACAUUUUUCUUCCGUGCCGGUCUCCGUGGUCAGUGACAGUUACGAUAUUUACAAUGCUUGUGAGAAAAUCUGGGGUGAGGAUUUAAGGCAUUUAAUUGAGACGAGAAGUGCAGAAGCUCCCCUGAUUAUCCGGCCAGAUUCAGGAAAUCCUCUCGACACCGUGCUGAAGGUUCUGGAAAUUCUCGGAAAGAAGUUCCCCAUUGUAGAAAAUGCAAAAGGCUAUAAAGUCUUGCCACCUUACCUCAGAAUUAUUCAAGGAGACGGUGUGGAUAUCAACACAUUGCAAGAGAUCGUGGAGGGCAUGAAACAGCAGAAAUGGAGCAUUGAAAACAUCGCUUUCGGGUCGGGUGGAGCCCUUCUGCAGAAACUAACCAGAGAUCUCUUGAACUGCUCGUUCAAAUGCAGUUACGUGGUUACUAAUGGCCUCGGGGUGAAUGUCUUUAAGGAUCCGGUAGCCGAUCCCAACAAACGUUCCAAGAAAGGAAGAUUGUCCUUGCACAGAAUGCCGAACGGAGACUUUGUUACACUAGAAGAAGGCAAAGGGGAUCUAGAAGAAUACGGACAGGAUUUCCUUCACACGGUGUUUAAAAACGGAGUAGUGACGAAGACGUACUCCUUCGAUGAAGUCAGAGAAAAUGCCAGGUUGAAGACGAGUGAAUUUUCCACGGCAUCUCACUAAAGUUUCAUUCCAUGUUGGUAUAUGUGCAACAAUUAUGUACUGAUAAUGGUUUCUUGUAGAGAUCUGUGUGUUUGUGUUUGCCACAUCCUAGCCGAAUUAUUUGUUGGUUUAUGGACAUCAGUGCCCCCUUUUUUUUUUCCUUUCAUUUUGGCCAGUCUAAAAUCGAAAUAUUUACAGCUGAAAACCUGGUCCGUGUAAUUGUAGAAUUCUUUGCUAGUCGUGAUUCAAUCUGGUACGGAUCUCAGUGAGAACGGUGAUGAGAUUGUUUUAUAAAUAAAAAAAAUAUAUAUAUAGAUAUAUAUAUAUAUAGACAUAUAUAUAUAUAUAUAGUAGCAUAUCGCAAAAGAAGAUUUACCUAAUAGUAUCAUCGCUUUAUGUUUAUAAUUAACUUGUAUUUUUGUACAAAACGAGAUUGUGUAAAAUAUAUUUAAAAGUUUCAACAAUUCCGUCUUUCCAACUUUUUCGUGAUUUUUACGAGCACAGACUUUCAAGGAAAUAACUGGGGUGGGGGGGGUUAGGAAGAAAACUCACUGCCUUUUUUUUGUCCAUUGAUCAGCAAAUAAAACAUGGCCUUAAGUUUUAUUGUGAAAAUUGUCCUGUUUGGAAGUUUUAAUCAGGAUAGCUCGCUCACAACAGUCACAGUUUUUUUUUGUAUCCA